AUGUCCAACUACGGCAAACUUGCGGAGCCUGUGAAUGGCAGCAGGUUGUCAUCACGGGCUGCGAUACUUCGUCACACCUCCUAUACUUCUUCAAAAAGCCACCAAGCGGACGAUUGGGAAGACUGGGAAGACGAUGAUGUUGUUACGCUAAUAGAUGUCGGCGAAACCCCGUCCGCUGAUAACUCCGACAACAAGAAACUUCUCUUCAACAGCGCCUUUUUAGAUAUGAGCGCAAGCAAUUCUGCUGCGAAUACCCGCAGCCCAUCUCCAUUGGAAAGCGACAGCGUAUCUGUCAGCUCUGACGAGGACAUCACGCCCAUCGAUGCCGCUGUCCAACCCGGCCUGUUGGCUCCGCCACCUACUCCAGCUUAUUUCCUCACGAACCCGCCCAAACACACAAGCGUAAAGUUGUCUAUGAGACGCUCAGCUGGCAAGAUCAACCGUCCAAUAUCAAGGAAACCUCCGAAACAGCGGAACGCAAAGCUGGGAAUCAAGUUGAUCACCGACAUGACGAAGCUGAGGCGCCAAAAUCACAUAGCUGGACAAGCAAAGUCACCCGCAAGGCGAGCCCCAAAGUUUGUUGACGCGGCUGCUCUAAGAGCUCUAGAGGGAUCUCCAAACCCGCAGUCCGUUGGAAAUUGGAACUGGUUAAAUAAAGAUGAUGCGGGUCGUGUGGCCGAUUCCCCGAUGCAGGCCGCUCGUUCUCCAGCCGAACAGCUUUCUCCAGAAGACAGGCCGAUAGUGAUUGGGAUUACACUACCCUCCGAUGAAGUGACAAGCCGAGGAAUCGACCCUCUCACGGCAACAGUCAACAACAUUGAUACCCCAGGCGGCAUGAGAAAUCCAUAUCCCUUUACAUUUCAGGCUAGCAACGACAGAGCGAAUGCGCCCGCCGAAUCUCAUCAGCUCAUGUCGGUCUGGUCGCCCGAUACGCCUGAGACUGCAAGCUCGUUUAGCACAGUUAGAUACCCUUCAAGUGUGUACUCGCAAGCAUCUAUGGCACCAGUCAUGGGCUAUGGUCCUAGAGAUAACGAAGUACCUCCUGUUCCUGCUGUCCCCGACAAUUAUAAGAGAAUGACGGCGGCGCAUCAACGUUUCAUCGGUCCAGAACGCCGUAGGAACGCGGAAGAGGAAGAUGAGUCUGGAACACCAUGCACACUGUUUGAAGAGGAUGGCAUCACUCCUUUGAAAUCUCCUGCCAGUAAACUCUCUGCGCUCACUCCUCAGAGCGUGCGUGGCUGGUGGGACCACCACUUGGUCACACCAUUUCUAGACAAAAAAAUGUCUUUUGCGAGUCGAAGAACGCAGAUGGAGUCACCUUUGGAUGAAAGAGCCCACCAGAUGGCCAGAUCUGCGGACAACCAGGGUUCAAUGUUGACUCCAAAAUACAUUGCGAGUCCACAGUCCUGGAAAACCCCAAAGUCCGGGAUCGAAGCGAAACAGACCUUCUCGCCCGUGGAAAGGCAAGGGCAACAAGCAAAAGACACAGCUUCUCCCCUUGAAGGCGGCCGUGCUAUCUUGGGGCUGUCAAUGUUGGAAAGGGAGCAGAGUCCAUCCGAGUCUUCUCCUGGAGGCCCCAUGCCGACAAGUGUCAAAGGAAAGGGCCCGGAAAACCAAUUGUACAGUGAUGGAUUUGGAAAUUCUGAUAUCCUGAUUACAUUUGAGGCAGAUGAGGAAUUGAAGCCGUUGGAUAAGCCUAACACGGUGGGCGAGAGCUCAACGCUUACAUCCAAGUCCAGUGUUCACCAGCAAAUGUCCUCCGAGAGUCGUGAUGUGACUUCCCUGGAAACGUCAAUUUCCAAAGAAGUCCACAGAUAUGACUUCACCUCUACCUCUAUCGAAUUAAAGGAGCACAAAACCUCAUCAGCCGCCUCAUCAACUGACCAUCAGCCGAAACAUGCCUCGAAACGCGAUCUCACCCCUCCACCCAGGCCUCAAUGGAAGGAAACCCAGACCCCAAUUAUCAGGAUGCCGACACCUCGCCAGACUCCACCGCCAAGGGAGGUAGUGGUACGAGAAGCUGAACGACCCAUCGUGGUCCAUAUUGAGAUUAAUACCGGGGAACAGAAGCAGAAGUUUGUUGUUGAUCGUGUAGCGGUGGACUCGACGCCUACCAUAAGGAUUCCUACUCCCCGGCGGACGCCAUCACCCCGCGGAAAUGUCUCUAGGGCUGAGGUUGUAGCUGAAUCGGUACGGGGUGAUUUGAAGCACGAUAGCUCAGAUACCCGUGAGAUGGUCCACGGCCUGGGGAUAACCAACUUGGCAGCGCGUAAUCCCCCUUCUUCUUCCCCAGAGAAACAGGCCGGGGAUGGUAUCAAAUACCAAGCGGUCUUCCCGCCGGACCAUCAUUUGAAUACCCAGUUCUCCCCGAGAGAAGCAAGGGAGGCGCCCAAUCUAGCUACGUCGGCGAUGUCAACAACGACAAGAAAGGCUGUAGCGUCGACCACGACAUCGACCACAGCGUCAACCAAGUCAACAAAGACGUUGCCAAUUGCAGCGCCAAUCGCGGCAGCGGCACCCAUCGCUGCUGUAGCACUCAUAGCAGCAAAGCCAAUCUUGUCUGCCGCAGCAACGAGAGAACCAGCGGCACCUUCACGAGCAGCUAGUCAAGAGUCUGAUGUGGUCGCCACAUCCCUCUCUCGCACAAGUACCAUGUCCUCACAAGAUGCACACCGCAUCGAACAAGCUCAAAGAUCUACAAGGGAAGCCCACAACACUACCAGCAAGGCUACGGCCUCGAUGCGAACGGGAGAUGUCUCCCUUUCCUCCCGUAAUUUUGAGGGUGCCUCGACCGAUAUAUCCCGAUCAGCAGGAAUUCAGCGAUCAGAACACAGUCGAGAGACACAAGGAUCUACUGUGGCCCAAUCAAAUCACAACUCAGAGCAACAGAGUAGGUUCUCCGUAUCACCAACCUCAUCGAAAUCGCCUGCCAUGGAGAGAGGCUCGCGAACGGCGCCGCGACAUGUCCGUGCUGCAAGCAACUUUGUGUCGUCGGUGCUGUCUCGGCAGCGCUCUCCCGUUGAUCAACGCCGCGGCGGCGGUGACGCUCGCUCUGUACAGCCGAUCGAGAUCAUGCUAGAAGAGCAAAGAGGCCCCGGGCCUAUGCCAGCAAGUCCAGAGAGAGCAUAUCUGACAAUCAAUGAAACUCACCCCGAUAGUGGGCAUUGGGCAAGAGUCGGAUCUCCCGUUUUGGAGCACGGAUACGCAGAGCCUCUACCUGCUCGCCCUGUUGGAACAUCUCUAUCCCAGUCGCAUGCCGACCAACUGUCAGGCAAAGAGUACAAAAUUGAGCGGAAACGGCGACGACACGAGAAGGAAGAAAUGGCGGCAAGGCGAGCAGGUGGCUUCUGGAGAGGCCGAGGUUGCAUGCCAAAGAAGGGCUGUUUUGGCCGCCCUGGGCCUGAGGGACGUAAAAAGAGAAGAAUUUGGCUGUGUAUCAUUUGCAUUCUUUUACUCCUCAUCAUUAUUUUGGCUGUUGUAUUGGGCGUCGUCCUUGGAAGGCAUCACGGAUCGGGUAACAAAACCGAAACGUCUGGACAGGACCCGCCGCCCUCGACAUCAUCCCCGACGCCCUCAGCUCCGAUACUACCCUCGUCGAUAUGGGUUAAUCUCACGGACUAUCCCGCCAUGCCAACGGGGGUGCUGACCUUUGUUGGCCCGAACAACACUAUCGCCAAGAGCGACUGCACUGAGCCAUCGACCCUCUGGAGCUGUUCUUUGCCGAAAGAUUCCCAGGCGUCUGUCUUGCCCUUUCAGCCAAAUCAACCAACCCUUAUCUUCCAAAUUCAGUGGGAUAACAGUACAAAGAGGGGCUGGAACAUUCCCAACGGCACCCCGCCAACAGCUAUUUCUCAAAGAGACACGAGCGACGGUAACUCUUCAAUUGAUGGAUUCAAUCCAGACCCUAGCCCGCCGACUUUCCAAGAGAUGUGGUUCUUGGGCGAGACUACCGAUAAUAUCCAGUCCAGUCAAAAGGCAGGAGAGCCGACGCCCUUUUUCAUCAGCAUCCUUGAGUCGUUGAAUGACACGGUCAAGUCGCCAACUCUGAGUCGACGAGCUACUACUGCUGCGGACGCCAACAUUUCGGACAUCAUUUUCCCGCCGGACUUGCAGGAAGAUGGCACACCUGCGCCUGCUGUGAUGCUCCCUAAUCCGGUUCAACAGCCUGUUCGAUUGUUUGACCGCGGCUUGCCGACCGAGCAUUAUGGGUUUUACACAUACUUCCAACGAACUAUCUUCCUCAAGUCUGUCACGGUUCUGAAUGGCUCGAGCCAAGGGAACGUGCCGGUGGAUGAAGAUGGUGGCAGCAGCGAAACCGAGGCCAACCACCUCGUCACUUGGGCCGAGACACGUAUGCUUGUGCAAGUUUGGACGCGGAAACUGAACAGCACAGCGUCGUUGCUGACGGCGGAUGGUACCAAGGGAAUUGAUAACUCCACCGAGCUCAUUAAGCCUGGGACAAUGCCAUAUCCGGUGACUGUGACUCUGGACACCCAUGGCGGCGAUCCCAACCACAAAGUCGUCUGGGAGUGGCCCAUGGACGACCGUCAAAAGCUGAAUACCAGUGCUCCAGAUCUAUUGGUCAACAAGAUGGAUGCUGGAGGGACAUGGAUCAACCACAGGGGCACCGGAAAUGCCAAGUUUGGAGGAUUCGAUGGAGGCACUGGAGGUUGCAAGUGCGAAUGGGUGAAUUGGGAAUGA